AUGACGAAUGUAUCAGCUAGCACCUCUUCUUCUUCAUUUUCAUCAAGGGCGGAAAUCUUUUCGAAUGCACAAACCAUCGCUUGGAGUUUUGCUUUUUCGGCGCAAGCUGUUGCUGUCGUCAUGGGGAAUAUGCUCGCAAUUGUACUCUUUGCAUUUAACAAGAAGCUUCGAAAAAAGAAAAGUUUAUAUCUUGUUAUGAAUAUGGCGUUUGCUGAUCUAAUGUUGGGAGGAAUCUUUCUCCCUUCUUUUAUUUUUUUCCUGGUGACUCCUGAAAACCAGCCAUCACAUGAAAGAUCCGCUUUUUUCCUCAAAAUCAUCCUCGCGUUGUUCUCACUGGCCUCGUCUAUUACCGCUGCUUUGAUAUCUGCUGAGAGAUUUUACGCCAUUUAUUGGCCAUUAAAGCACCGAACACUUUCUACGCGCGCAUACAGGCUUGCUGUUUUGAUGGUGUGGACGAUGGCUAUCCUGUUUUCCACAAUUUAUGUCCUACUUUUCUGGAGCCCAAUGGCGUUGUACAGUUUCCUGUGUUUAUAUGUCUUGUUUCUAGUCUUCACUAUCUGCGGCCUCAACAUCGGUAUUUGGAGAAAGUUUAAGCAGAAAACUCCUUCUCAUCAGCAAAACAGAGCCUUUCAACAACAGCGCUUAACAAAUGCAUUGUUAUAUGUAUCUCUUUUUACUUUGAUUUCGUGGAUCCCAAUAUCUGUUUACAAUUUAAUAAGCUCCUUUGGAUACAACAUACAUGACCACAUUUUGCUGCUAACUUUGUUUAUGUAUCUUUCCAGCUCGUUUAUCAAUCCAGUGGUGUACGCAAUAAGAAUUCCUGAGUUUAAACAAGCUUUGCCUAAUGUAUGCUGUUUUAGAAGACGGGCAUUGAUGGACAGCGAAGGAAAGUUGGAAAGACUUAAUAUGGCCGCAGCCGACCACAAUCAUGCCCAACUCACUUUCGAACAGAAAAUUGUACAUGGAGGUCAGGACACAAAAUUGUGACCAAUAGUUGAGGAUUCACCCUCUGAGAAACUGUUUACUCUAUGAGCUAAUGUUUUUGAAACUGUUUUUAUCCUGUUUUUAUUCCGAUUUAUAAGGUAUUUAAAAACUGUUUUACACCUGUUUUGAGCCUUGCAAAAGCCCUGGAAUUUUUUAUAUAUUUUAAACGAAUUUAAAAAUACUUUAAAAAUUCUUUUUCAAUAGCGUUUUAAACAGGUUAAAACCAAUAUGGAAAAGCGGGGCACUCGCACCUUCACUUAUCUUAACUUCUUUUAGAUAAUUUUCAAAACAAAAUGAAGUGUUUUUCCCCAAUUUCUCCACGAGCGAAUUAAGACCCUAACUGCGGACCGAAAAAUAAAAAAUUAAAUCAAGUCACUCGCGUUAAAAUGUGGUAGAUAGGGUUGAUUUGAAAAAACUAAACGUACUCCUGGAAAGUUUUUAGCUUCAUCCCUGGCACUUUCAAUUUUAAGCAGUUAGUUACUGGCAAUAUCCUGCCAGUAGACCUACUGGCCCUGAAAGCCUGUUUCAUUGGAGAAAGGAAACAAAAAAAAGUUGGGCAAAUAAGUUUUAGUACAACUUAUUUGAACUCUAAUUGUACUGGUGUCCGUCAAAUAAAAUCAGGUACAUAUAAGCGAUCAGGAGUGUAAGCAAUCAAGAUAAGCUUAAUUGGCAAGAAAAUUAAAUAAUCAUAACGUAACACACUAUAGAACUCAACAGAACAAGGUAGCAGGUGUAAAUGAGACCCAAUUCAAGCGUACAUAUAAACUACAAAUUUAAUGGAAAAGCACAAAUCUUCCUUAAAUCGUUUUCCUAACACUCAGAACUUUAGUUCCGUUUUAACAGAUGCCUUAUUUCUCUUGCAAUUUUUUACGCAGGUAAAUUUUAGCUAAUACAAUAACAUUAGCCUUUCCAAUAAGGAUCAGACCGGGAACACAACGAGAGCUAGGGCAAAAAAGAUACUCUAUUUAAGAAUGCAUGGAGACCCUAAAAAACAAUCCCCUAUCAGGCGGCACAUACCUAUCUAGCCCCAAUUUGGAAGAAUCCCUCGGGGGGUGACAUUACUUAGCAAACAGAUGGUAAAAAGUAAUAAAUUUUAGUUUCGACUGAAAAACCAACGCGAUUGCAUUUAUAACAACGCCUGGUUUUGUGGCCCGGCAGUUGUAAAUAAACGUGUCCGCUGUUUCUCGUUCACCUUCAAAGUAACAUUUCUAGAAAUUAAAGCAAUGGCAGAAACAAAAACGAAGAAUAUGUCAGCUUCAACUUCGUCACUCAAUAAUUCCUUUUCAGCCAUGGACGAAAUGCUUUCUGAGGCACAAGUCAUCGCUUGGAGCUGUGCUCUUGCCUCAGAAAUUGUCGUUAUUUUUCUGGGAAACUUGCUAACAAUUGUUCUCUUCAUAUUUAACAAGAAGCUGCGAAAUAAGAAAAGCUUAUAUCUUGUUAUGAAUAUGGCGUUUGCUGAUCUGGUGUUGGGAGGUGCAAGUCUCCCUUUAUUUGUUUAUUUAGUAACUGCGACUCGUAGUAGGUUAUAUUUUACAGAAUUUCCAACUUUUCUUCAAAUCAUUUUUACGGUUUCCUCGAUGGCCUCGUUUACUACCGCUGCUUUGAUAUCUGCUGAAAGAUUUUACGCCGUUUUCUGGCCGCUGAAGCACCGAACACUUUCCACGCGAGAAUACAAGCUUGUUAUUUUGAUGGCUUGGACAUUGGGUAUCUUAUUUUCGACGGUUUAUAUAUUGCUUUUCCGCCUGAGUCCGCGAGCUUUUUUCGCUUUCGCUGCUUUAUACGGCUUGUUACUAAUUGUGACUAUUUGCGGCCUCAACAUCGUUAUUUGGAGAAAGAUUCAGCAAAAAUCUGUUCCUUGUUACCAAAACAGACACAUGCAAAUCCAGCGUUUGACGAAAGCCCUGUCAUUAGUAUCUGUUGGUACCUUGAGUUCUUGGAUCCCCGCAAUUAUUUUUUAUUUGUUAAGAUUUUUCGGUCAAAACGCAUCUUUAAACAUUCUCCUUUCCAUUUAUUUUGUACAUUUUUCUAGUUCUUUUAUCAAUCCAAUGGUGUACACCUUAAGAAUUCCUGAGUUUAGGCAAGGCUUGAAUUUGUUCUGUUUUAGAAGUCAGGAAAAUAUUAAUACAGGAAGAAAUAAUAUGGUAGCC